AAAAAUCCUUCAGCCGUCUCUAUUGUUAACCCCUGUACUCUCCUCUCUGUCCUCUCCUCACUUUCAACAACUCUUCACCAUCAGCUCUCAUCUAUGUUCUUUCUUCUCUAGCUUCACAAUUCAACUCCUCACUCCACUUACUUAAUUACCAGGGGUUGAUAUGGCUGGGAAAUCAAAUAAAGGAAGGAACAAGAAAGGAUCACACCAUCCUGUAGAACCUGCUGUUUCAGCAGAGGUUACUGGGAGCGAUAAGUUUACAGAACCUGUUGUUUCAGCAGAUCCUAUUGGGAACGAUAAGUCAUCUACAGAAUUAUUAAAAGCUGUUGAGAAUGGAGGGGUCACUGUGAGUGAAGUGAAUACAACUGAGCAUGAGGUCAAGGAGUCAAAUGAUCAGAAUGCAGAAAACCCGGAAAAGCAAGGUGAGAGUCAAUUAUAUACUGUGCCGGUCAAGACACAAGGCAGAGAGAAGAAGCUGGACCUACAAUUGAGCCCUGGCGAUUCUGUGAUGGAUGUAAGACUGUUCCUUCUCGAUGCUCCCGAGACCUGUUUUGUUACAUGUUACGACUUGUUGUUUCAUGCUAAGGAUGGUACCGUUCAUCAUCUGGAAGACUACCAUGAAAUAUCUGAAGUUGCCGAUGUUACUUCAGGCGGAUGUUCCUUGGAGAUGGUUGCUGCACUGUAUGAUGAUAGAUCCAUUAGGGCUCACGUUCACCGUACUAGAGAACUUCUUUCUCUUUCAACUCUGCACUCCUCGUUAUCAACUUCACUUGCUUUACAACAUGAGGCGGCAAAAAAUGCACCUGCAAGUGCUGGAGAAUCAAACAAAGCUGAAGUAUCAGAACUUGAGAGUUUGGGUUUUAUGGAGGAUGUAUCUGAUUCACUUGCCAACUUGUUGUCGUCUCCUUCCAAAGAGAUCAAAUGUGUGGAAAGUAUUGUUUUCUCUUCAUUUAAUCCUCCUCCAAGCUAUCGAAGGCUUGUCGGGGAUUUGAUUUACCUGGAUGUGGUGACACUGGAAGGGAAUACAUACUGCAUUACUGGUAACACAAGAACAUUUUAUGUUAAUUCUAGCUCAGGGGAUAGGCUUGACCCAAAACCAAGUAAAAAUGCUUCGGAGUCGACUACUCUUGUUGAGCUGAUGCAAAAAAUUAGUGCCAAGUUUAAGACAGCUUUCGAUGAAAUACUGAAGCGGAAGGGCUCUGCGCAUCCUUUUGAAAAUGUCCAGUCCCUUUUGCCUCCUAAUUCCUGGCUAGGAUUGUACCCUGUUCCUGAUCACAAGCGUGAUGCAGCUAGAGCAGAGAAUGCACUUACACUGUCAUUUGGAAGUGAGUUGAUUGGAAUGCAACGAGACUGGAACGAAGAAUUGCAGUCUUGUUGGGAAUUUCCUCAUUCAACUCCUCAGGAGAGGAUUUUGAGGGAUAGGGCUCUCUACAAAGUGACUUCAGACUUUGUUGAUGCUGCUACAAGUGGGGCUAUCGGGGUCAUCAGCAGAUGCAUUCCACCAAUAAAUCCCACAGAUCCCGAGUGCUUUCACAUGUACGUUCACAACAAUAUAUUCUUCAGUUUCGCUGUUGAUGCGGACAUAGAGCAUCUUCCCCGGAAACAAUCUUUGGAUAAUAAUUUGAAGAGUGAGAAAACAAGUCAGUCACAGAUGACUGGGACGGUUGACAAUAUGUCAGAUGGAUCUAUCACAAUUAACGGAGAUAAAUCAAGUGGUGAAAAUCGGGAAGAUGUUAUUCCAGAGGUAGCUGUUGAGGCACAGUUGGCUGAAAGCGAGCAAGCGACUUAUGCAUCAGCAAAUAAUGAUCUGAAAGGCACCAAGUCAUAUCAAGAAGCUGAUGUUCCUGGUCUUUAUAAUCUUGCUAUGGCCAUAAUAGAUUAUAGAGGUCACAGAGUUGUAGCACAGAGUGUACUACCUGGCAUUCUUCAAGGCGAUAAGUCUGACUCACUCUUGUAUGGUUCUGUUGACAAUGGAAAGAAAAUAUGCUGGAAUGAAGAAUUUCAUUCCAAGGUUCUUGAGGCUUCAAAGCGCCUCCAUAUAAAGGAGCAUACUGUACUUGAUGGAUCUGGAUCUGUUUUCAAAUUAGCUGCUCCAGUGGAAUGCAAAGGCAUUGUUGGUAGUGAUGAUAGGCAUUAUCUAUUGGACUUGAUGAGAGUCACUCCUCGUGAUGCAAAUUAUACAGGACCUGGUUCCAGAUUUUGUGUUCUAAGACCUGAAUUAAUUGCUGCCUAUUGCCAAGCUAAAGAAAUAGAGCAAUCAAAGUCUAAGGCUAAACUUGAGGAUUCCACCGCCGUUUCCGAGCCUUCCAAAGUUGAAGAUGGCGAAGCUCAGGUAGAAGAAAAGCCUGCCGUUUCCGAGCCUUCCAAAGUUGAAGAUGGCGAAGCUCAGGUAGAAGGAAAGCUGGAUGCUGGGGUCGCAGAUGCCGAGACCCAGAAUAUACCUGAAGGUGAAAAGGUGGCUGCUGAGGAAUGUGGCUCUGGGCAUGAUGCCGGAACAAAAUCGUGCACGGAAAUUCUUUUCAAUCCCAACGUUUUUACUGAAUUUAAGUUAGCUGGGAGCCAAGAGGAAAUACAGGCAGAUGAAGAAAGCGUGAGGAAAGUUAGUUUGUACCUUAAAGAUGUGGUCCUUCCGAAAUUCAAUAAAGAUCUUUGCUCACUUGAGGUUUCACCGAUGGAUGGGCAGACAUUAACUGAUGCACUCCAUGCUCAUGGAAUUAAUGUUCGCUACAUUGGAAAAGUUGCGGAUGGGGCUAAACAUUUGCCUCACUUGUGGGAUCUUUGCUUGAACGAGAUUGUGGUGAGGUCUGCCAAGCACAUAUUCAAGGAUUUUAUGAGAAAUUCAGAAGAUCAUGAACUCGGGCCUGCAAUGGCACGCUUUCUUAACUGUCUGUUUGGAAAUUGUCAACCUAUAUCUGGAAAAGGUGUUGCUAGUGGUACUAAAGCACGAACGCCGAAUAAGGCUUCAGGAAAAUCUACUAGGGGGCAUGGAAGACUGAAACAAGGGGUAUCUGCCGAAAGAAAACCCAUGCCUUACACUAGUGUAACCUCUGAUAGCUUGUGGUCCGACAUUCUAGAGUUUGCAAAAGUCAAAUACCAGUUUGACUUGCCUGAGGAUGCAAGAUCUCGUGUAAAGAAAAUUUCAGUUAUACGGAACUUUUGCCAGAAGGUUGGUCUAGCAGUUACGUCGCGCAAAUAUGACCUUGCCGCAGCACUUCCUUUCAGUCCCUCAGAUAUAAUAAAUCUUCAACCUGUGGUUAAGCAUUCAAUUCCUGUGUGUUCAGUUGCUAAGGAUCUUGUGGAAACUGGGAAGAUUCAGUUGGCUGAGGGGAUGCUAGGUGAAGCUUACAGUCUAUUUUCAGAAGCAUUCACGAUACUUCAGCAGGUUACCGGUCCAAUGCAUAGGGAGGUUGCUAACUGCUGUCGAUACCUUGCCAUGGUUCUGUAUCAUGCCGGUGAUAUGGCUGGUGCGAUAAUGCAGCAGCAUCGGGAACUUAUCAUAAAUGAAAGGUGUCUUGGUCUAGACCAUCCUGAUACUGCUCACAGUUAUGGCAAUAUGGCUCUCUUCUACCAUGGUCUUAAUCAAACAGAACUUGCUCUGAGGCACAUGUCCCGUGCAUUACUCCUAUUAAGUUUGUCAUCAGGGCCUGAUCACCCUGAUGUGGCUGCCACAUUUAUAAAUGUUGCAAUGAUGUAUCAAGAUACUGGAAAGAUGCAGACAGCCCUUCGUUAUUUGCAAGAAGCUUUGAAGAAAAAUGAGAGGCUUUUGGGCGAGGAACAUAUUCAAACGGCUGUGUGCUAUCAUGCUCUGGCAAUUGCGUUCAACUGUAUGGGUGCCUUUAAGCUCUCCCACCAGCAUGAGAAGAAGACAUAUGAUAUACUUGUCAAACAACUCGGAGAGGAGGACUCCAGAUCACGGGAUUCCCAGAAUUGGAUGAAUACAUUCAAAAUGCGAGAAGUACAGAUGACUGCACAGAAGCAGAAAGGUCAGACACUAAAUGCAGCGUCUACUCAAAAAGCUAUUGACAUUUUGAAGGCCCAUCCUGAUUUGAUACAUGCAUUUCAAGCUGCGACUGCAUCUAAUUAUGCUAGCGGUUCUGUCAACAAAAACUUGAACGCAUCAGUGGUUGGUGAGGCCUUCCCUCGGGGGAGGGGAGUUGAUGAAAGAGCUGCUCGUGCAGCUGCAGAAGCCAGGAAGAAAGCUGCUGCAAGAGGCCUUCUAAUACGCCCUCACGGUGUUUCAGUUCCUGUCCAAACCUUAUCACAGUUGCCAGAGAUAUACAACCUAAUUAACCCGGGGUUGACCCCAAACGUUCCAAAACCAGAGGAAGCAGACAAAGCUAAAAAGGUGAAUGGUCAUCCUCCAAGAGGAUCUGGAAAUGCCCAGGACGGAGAAGUUAAAGUAGAGAAACGAGCUGAAACACCAGCCGGCUUAGGCGCGGGCAUCUCUGCAUUGGGUCCAGAGAAAAAGAAGUCCAAAGCCAAGGUAGCCGCCUGAUUUUUUGGGUGUCAAGUGCUUAAUGGGCGGAAGGACUUUUUGCCACUGCUUAAAUCUUGGGUUUCAGUAAGUGAACAUGAUUUUGUCUGCUGAUUAUGACUGCAAAGUACAAACGUGCUUUAUAAAAGAGUAUAGUAGUUAUGCUAAUUUUUUGUAUUUCGACUCAUUUAAUAAAUCAUUAGUUUACCAUUUGAGCUGGAAUACUGCCAGAGUUGUUUAUUUAGGCAAAAUAGAAACAUCAAGUAGGUAUUUGUUUUUGAGAAUAAUUGAGUCGUGAAUCUCAGAUGUUUCCUACCUUAUCAUUAUUUCGAUGGAAUAUGUACGAAAAAUGUUGUACUUUAGCCAA